GCUUUAGCUUCAAAAUGCUCUUAGUUUUCAGGGUUACUUUAGUGAAAGUGGAAGUAAAGUGGAAGAUAUUGCCAAAUCUGGCGUUGUUAAUUUGAAAGUGUGGCUAUCUGGAAGUGUUUAGGAAAUAUAAUAUUAAUGAAUCAGACGCAUUAGUUAAUGAAGAAAUUAAAAGUUCUAACAGAACAUAAUGAACAACUGAACACUAGUCAGAAAAAACGGAAAUUGAAUGAGAAUGAUGAAGUUUAUGAUGACAAUACUGUAGAAGGGGAGAAUUCAAGCUGUAAAAAAACAAGAAUGGAGUGUGAGCCUUCGUCACAUGGAAAGAACGGUUUUAGUCAAAACCACAAGAAGAACAUUCUUGGAUUCGGAGGCAAUAACCAUUUGCAAGGAAAAACUGGGAGUUUUACUUCUGGUAAACAAUCUCCAUCAAAAAAAUUAAUAAUAAAAAACUUUAAAGCAAAACCCGUUCUUCCAGACAACUACAAGGAAUCAACAUGGGAGAAACUCAAAGAUGCGGUUGAUGCAAUUCACACAAGUCGAUCAAUAUCUUCAAGUUUAGAAGAAUUGUAUAAAGCUGUUGAAAACUUAUGCUCUCAUGACAUGUCUAUGUUAUUGUAUAAUCAGCUGAAGCAAGUUUGCGAAGAACAUGUAAAAAAGACAAUUCAAGAAUUUACUGGUAGUGGGAUGGAUAAUUUUAUAUUUUUAAAGAAAAUGAAUUCCCUUUGGGAUUCUCAUUGCAGACAAACUACUAUGAUUCGUAGCAUCUUCUUAUAUCUGGAUCGUGUUUAUGUGUUGCAGACAUCUGCAAUUUUGUCAAUAUGGGAUGUUGGACUUCAGUUAUGGAGAACGCACAUUAUGGGAAAUUCUACUGUCCAAACGAAAGCAGUUGAUGGACUGUUAUUUUUAAUUGAGAAAGAAAGAAAUGGUGAAGCCGUUGAUAGAAUUCUUUUAAAGAACUUAAUACGUAUGCUGGCAGACCUUCAGAUGUAUCAUGAUGUAUUUGAACCAAAGUUUUUACAAGCAACAGAUUUGUUAUAUGCUGCAGAAGGUCAAAAGUUUAUGAUCGAAGUCGAUGUCCCAAAUUAUUUAUUACGAGUAGAGAAACGGUUGACAGAAGAAUCAGAACGUUUACUUCAAUAUCUUGAGCCAGGAACGAGAAAACCUCUGAUCACUUGCGUUGAAAACCAACUUAUUAACAGUCAUUUGUCAAAUAUAUUAAGCAAAGGCUUUGACUAUCUUAUGGAUUUAAAUUCAGUUACACACCUUGCUUUAAUGUAUCAGCUCUUUGCACGUGUUAAGACAGGUUUAGAAAACCUUUGUGAAUACUUUGGAGCUCAUGUAAAGGUAAGAGGGUUAACAAUAGUAGAAGAUACAGAAAAGGAUAAAGUCAUGGUUCAAGAACUCUUAGACUUUAAAGAGAAACUGGAUAACUUAAUCAAGGAAGCAUUCAAUGACAAUCAAAGAUUUGUUAUUGCUAUGAAGGACGCGUUUGAACAUUUUAUAAACAAAAGGCAAAAUAAACCAGCAGAAUUAAUAGCUAAAUUUAUUGAUGGAAAAUUAAAAACUGGAAAUAAGGAAUCAACUGAAGAUGAGUUGGAAAGAAGAUUAGACAAGAUCAUGAUUCUAUUCCGAUUUAUCCAUGGCAAAGAUGUAUUUGAAGCCUUUUAUAAAAAGGAUCUCGCAAAACGUCUGUUGCUUGGCAAGAGUGCAUCUGUUGACGCUGAAAAAUCUAUGCUGUCAAAAUUAAAGCAAGAAUGUGGAAGUGCUUUUACCAGCAAAUUGGAAGGAAUGUUUAAAGAUAUGGAGCUGUCAAAGGACAUCAUGACGAGCUAUAAACAGCACAUUCACAAUCAACCAAUAAACAUUGAUUUAAAUGUUAACAUCUUAACAAUGGGAUACUGGCCUACGUACACUCCAAUGGAUGUACAUAUCCCCACCGAAAUGGUGAAGUUGCAGGAAAAUUUCAAAACAUUUUAUCUCAGUAAGCAUAGUGGAAGAAAACUGCAAUGGCAAACCACUUUAGGUAGCUGCAAUGUGAAAACAAGAUUCCCUUCGGGUAUACACGAACUGCAAGUGUCACUUUUUCAAACGCUUUGUUUGUUGCAAUUUCAAGAUUGUGACGAAUUCUCGUACGAUGAACUAAAAACGGCUACGGGUAUAGAGGAAGGAGAAUUGAAAAGAACUUUGCAAUCAUUGGCAUGUGGUAAAGUAAGAGUGUUGAAAAAAACACCUUCAGGCAAGGAUGUGAAUUCAACAGAUAAAUUUGUUUUCAAUUUACAAUUUACCCAUCGGCUGUGCAAAAUUAAAAUUAAUCAAGUACAGAUGAGAGAGACGUUUGAAGAAAAUCAACUUACAAACGAGCAAGUUUUUCAAGAUCGACAGUACCAGAUUGAUGCUGCCAUAGUGCGUAUUUUAAAAACAAGAAAGACGCUUGCUCAUAAUUUACUGGUCAAUGAAUUGUACAACCAACUGAAAUUUCCAGUCAAGCCUUCCGAUAUAAAGAAGAGGAUAGAAAGUUUGAUUGAUAGAGACUACAUGGAAAGAGACAAGGAUAAUCCAAACACAUAUAAUUAUGUUGCAUAAUUAUGUUGCAAAUGAUGUUGUGUAAUUAAGCCUGUGUAUUACCGUGUAACAAGCGAUCGAAUCCGAAUAUCGAUAGAGAAGUUUACCCCUUAUUUUCAUUUUCGACACAAAAUAGAAGUUGCGAAGUCAAGUGAAGGGACAUUUAUGAAGACGAAUUCGAAGAUGGGUGAUCCGAAUUCUGUUUUUCAAGAUUUGGGAAUGUUAUGGUGUUGUUUUUGUAUAUUAAGAAUGCGUAAAUUCUCUUUAGUUUAUGCGACUCUUAAAUGUUACGAAAUUAUGGAUUUUCGAGUCUUCGAAAAACUUCACAAACCCCAUUAAAAAUGAAAAUCUAACUAAAAUAUUUCUAAACAAUUAUUCUGAUAUCGCUUUUAAAGGUUGUGAUUACUCCUUGUGAAGGUUGAUAUUUAUGGAAACUCGCAUCUUAAGUUAGUGAUCAAAAACUGGAUCAUACCAAAUAUGCGAUUUUAUAUUUUUGGAAAUGGAUUGAGAAUCCUGAAAGCCCAUUUUUAUCUUGGUAAUUCGCAAUUUGGUUGGAUUUCCAUAAAUCAUUAGUAAUAAUAAAAAAAAUUUUCCUAACCUCUGAUGUUAUGUUAAUCUUUGAGUUAAUAUGUUACCCUCUCUUCCUUCUGUUAGAAAUUUUUUUUGUAAAAAUGCUUGUUGCCAUGAAUAUGUAUUGUAUUUUCAUACUAUAAAUGGUAAAUGAAUAUACACGUGACCACAGUGUAUGUAAUUGUACUACAGAGAGGCGUGCUCUUGUAAAUAAAUGUUAACCUCUUAA